AGUUGCUGGUUGAAGACUCCUGGACUGGUGAGGAGUCUUUCCAGCAGGGAAAAUGGAAGAAACCAAGGUGGACAUUGAUACUCUCAUUGACGAGAUGGAUUAUAUUCCUGGUCACUUUCAUCUAGAUAUGAAUUUAAAUUUUGAAACUUCUGCGCCAAUAAGUUUCCAAGGGAGAGACUUGAAGUUGAAACGAGAGACUCUGCUCUAUGAGUUGGAGUUUGAAACGGGCUCGCAGCAAUAUGCCAUCCAAAACCUUCUUGGGAUAUUUUCUUUCUACCUGGAGGAGGUGGAGCAAGCCAAGGAGAUUUUUCUGCAUAUCACUGAAGAAAAGCCUGAGAAUUUAAAUGCUUGGGCCAACCUGGCUUACAUUUAUGACAGGCUGAACCAUGAGCAAGAAGAGGCUGAGUGUGCUGAGAAGCUUUCUCAGUUAAUGGGUUUGGAUUCAGAAGACAAGCUGCAGGGAAAUCACCAGCUCGGAGCAGCCCGUUGCCUGGCCGAACAGGGCUAUGCUUAUGCGUUUGAUAUCAGGCUAAUGAAUGAAGAGGAGAAGAUGGAAAAACUGACUGCAGGCCUCACUCUCUACAGCAAGGCUCUUGCUUAUGGGAAGCAGAUCCCUUUGGAGGAGAGAAGGAGCUGGUACUUUGCCAUGGCCACUCUGCAUAUCAGAUUAGAUGGGAUGUGGAUGAACAAAGGUGAGGAUGAGGAGAAGAGAUUGCCGGCUUUCAACAGAACUCUAGUUUUGCUUCAACAAGUCCUGAAGUCUUCUAAUCUACACUACAGAGCUUUGGCCUGGUGCUAUCUUGGGAUGUUGCUAGAAAGGAAAGAUUCUUUCUCAACUACUCCCAUGGGUAUUGAUGACUGUGGUUAUGCUGGAACUGAUCCCCUGGAUUGCUUUGGAAAGGCAAUAGAAGUUGCUAGAGCUAAUCCACCUGUUCUCAACCGCCUAUCAAAAAUCUUCCAUUUCCUUGGCAAGCUAGAGAUGGCAAAGGCAGUUUGCAACAUGGCUCUGGAUGUAUUGCCUGAUCCAGGACUUAACUGGCAGGCGUAUUGUAUGCGUGCCAAGAUGCUGAUUAAACUGUAUUUACGUGAUGUGGAACGUGUGAAGAUAGGCUUGGCUGGAAUGCCAGACCAGAGCAACCUUUUUGGGGCCAAAGUUGAUCUUGAAAAAGUCAUCAAAGUACAUCCUUGUCUGAAAACUUACCUUGACCUUGGCCAAGUAUAUUACUACCUGGGAGUAGAUGCCAUGCAGGAGCUUUUCCUUGUGGAUGAAAAUGCCCUGAACAAAGCCCUUUUGCUCUUUGCUAAAGCUAUGGAAUUAGAUCUGGGAAGUGUCUUGCCUGAGCUCCAGGUGCUGAAGGGGAAAUGCCUUUGGAUUAAAAAUGAGACACUGGAGGCCAUGGAAUGCUUCAAGCAGGCCGUAGAGCUGGACGAUGUGGGUUCCACACACAGAGAGAGCUUCCGGUGUUUAAUGGAACUGCUGCUUACCCUGUUUGCUCAGAAGAGGAUAAAUAUGGAGAUACUGAUGAAGGAGGUAGAGAUGUGGGUAAAGAAGGCGGAAGACAAAUAUCCAAACCAGCAGGUGCAACAGGAACUUCGGCUGGUCUGUCGGCAUCACACCAACGAGGUACUUGAACUUUCCAAAGCUAUGUUGGCUCAAGGGAAGACUGAACUGGUAAAGCUGCUUUUUGAGACCAUGAAGUGUGAUUUUAACCGGCCCAGGUUGAGUGAACGUUCACUGUCUUUUUGAACUGCUGCUUCAAGUGAAGAUGCUUCUUCAUCUAUCUACCACCUUAAAGUAAUUAAAUGCUCUUUGUUUAGCAAAAGAAA